GGGCUGUGUGUCUCUCCACCGGGGUGAACACAAGUGCGAGAGGCAGGGGGGCUUAGAGACAUUAACGAGGUGAAAGCCAUCUGUCAGCCACAGCAGGGGCGGCUCUGCUGCCGGCCCACGGUGACAUGUGGACGUCCGUGGCCCUUUAAGAAACUCCAUGUUUUCGCUACUUGAUGCGUCAACAUAAAAAGCGGAUGAUGCUGUUAUGUAAAAACACGCUGAAGUCGCUGGUAGUUUGCAGGAGGACGCCUCUCCUUACCCUUCGCGCCGGGAUCGUGGAUUAAAGUGGGGUUUUUACGCGCGGCGCACGGAGCUGCGCAGUUCGGAGUGAACACAGAGAGAAAAGGCUUCGGUCGAUCAACUCAACAUGAGUCUGCUUCCACUGUGUUUUCCUCCUCCACUCGAGGGAAGUGUACACCUGACGCAUCUCCCCCUCGUCCUGUGGAAGUGAUCCGUCUUCUCUCAGAACCAUCGAGCCCCGGCUUGAGUUCGGUCUCCGGGAAGAGAGUGUAUGGACUCAUCUGAUGAUCCAUAAUGAUGUUCAGUCAAGGCCCUUUCUGAGCUGAAACACACCAUCGCAGGACCCUGUGGAUGAAGAGGAGAAGGUGGUGUAUCUGCUCGCGGACGCCGAGACCAUGGUGAAAGCUCAGCGGAGCCAGUCAUUGAAAUGCAGGCAGCUCCAGAAGGAGAAGGGACGCAAGGAAAAGGGAGGUGGUGUGAAGAAGGGGAAAGAGAGAAAGAAUGAGCUCAAAGGGAAGAAAAAGAACGAUAAGAAAGAGUCACAUCGGAAUAGGAGGAAGACGCUGGUUGUUGGCGAUGGAGACACACUAGACUGUUGCGUCCUGCUCACCCGUCUGGAGGAGAAAGCAGUUAUGGGUAAAGAAAAGUACGCACCUAAAUCUGGGAAACAAAAGAGCGAUAAAGGCAUGAAGAAGCUGCACUCCAGCUCCAUUCAAAGAAGGACCAAAUCUGGACUAAAGAAAACAUCCACAUCCAAUCAACAUGCACUGGAACCAAAAAUCAACCAAUCGGACGCCUUACUCAUGUUGCCCACAUCUGUCCUUGAGCCCCGCAGGCGGAGGAUGGCCUCUCUCAAUGCCGAGGCUGUCAACAGCCUGCUGCUCUACAGAGACAACCCUGCAACGUCAAAUGUCAUAAAGAAAAAGCAGGCUCCUACUGAAGAUCCAGCUACAGAUAGUCUCACUAAAACUGAACACAGAGACCAUAAAACCAAAAAGGUUUCAUCAGAAGGGAAAGCAACACUAAAAGAAAAACCUAAAAAACAGAAGCGGUCAUCGUUGGAAGCGCUUAACAUAGACUGGCUGAGCUUGCUCACGCCAACCCCUCGGCGUCAAGCAGGCCUCACCGCUGCAACUCUGCUCAAACUCACUAGUGCCCCUUAUGGAACCAAACGGCAGAAGAAGUCAGAGGCCAAGCCAGGGAGUGGCGGUGAAGCCGCAGCAGCUACGACUCAGGAUGAGGUUAGCGGUAAACCGUUGUGUAAAGGGACAACGCAGACCAAAAGAACAAUGCAUCCCGAACACGAGGAGCAACUAAAGCACAGACAACAGGGUACAGAGGAUCCGGUCCAUUCCCAGCUGGGCCCCAAGAUCCAGGGAUGCUGCAGUUUAUGUAAGACAGAAGCUUUGGAUCCCGAGUGGAAAGACGCCACAGGGGGGCAGGAGUGUCUCAGACAUGCUCUCCAUUGUGGCUCCGCACUGGGAUUCUCCUUAAAAACAAUCAAAGAGGAGCAGGUGGAGACCAAGGUGUCCUCCUGCUACUGUUGCUCCCAGGAGAGGUGUGUCGAGUACUGUCACAGACUGGCCCUCUUCCUGGAGGACAAGACCUUCAAGGAACCCGAGGACGGCUCACUGGCCGACGUGUUCCACCACCAUCACCACCACCAUCAUCACCACCAUCACCAUCUGCAGCCUCCUCAUUCUGUCACCCACCCAGCAGCUAUAACCAUCAGCCCGCACACUUACACCUGUUUCCCUGGCUACUACGUCCACUUCAGCCACCCGGACCCUUCCCCCUCACCUGUGUCACCCCUCACUUUAUGCCCAAGGAGUGGCAAGAGACCCAAAUUACUCCCCAGCACAGGUCCGCAGCCCUCAGGUAUCAGCCAUCCGUUGUACUGCUGCACCUCUGUGGAAGCGUGCUACGGAGAGCCCUGCAGGAUCAACAGCUACUCCGCGUAUACCAGCGUGAUUCCAGCCAUCACCAGAGGGGGGUGCUCCUUUGGCCCCACAGACUGCACAAACUGUAACCGUGGCAUCAAGAGAGACGACUACUCAUCAAACCUCAACGACCAUCACAGCCCCUCCUCCAUCCCCAUCUCCCCCAGCCCCAGAAUCCUCACUGGCUGCCCCAUUCCCACUGUGCCUCCAGCCGGCCAAUCAGUGCCCCACGUUCAGACUCCGCUCUCCGACCCCAGCCAACCGCAGCCACCGCUGCAGGUGGCGAAGGAGUGUCCGCAGAGUGCCAAGCCGCCUAGUGGGUCGAGGUCUGGCGUGCGCGGCAACGGCACCAUCGGCUCAGCUGUCUGCCCUCUCAACAGGGACAAGAAACAGAAGCCCGGCUCUCCCAGUGUCAAAGAGCGGUCGGUUGCCAAGCACCCGAAGAACGGCCGCCAAAAAACCACCAACGGCUGGCGGGCAGUUGGCCUGCCCUUUCAGAGGGAGGUUUUCUCUGUGGGAGAGGAGGCUCUUGUGCUGAGGAAGUGUUUUGAGGGCAUCCAGAGGGACGGGGAUCUGAUUCGGGUCAGAGACACUGUUCUGCUGAAAUCUGGGCCCAAGAAGAAGUCUCUGCCUUACGUGGCCAAGAUCUCAGCAUUGUGGGAAGAGCCAGAGUCAGGGGAGCUGAUGAUGAGUUUGUUUUGGUACUACCGUCCAGAACACACGCAGGGGGGACGCAACCCCAGCUUGCAUUGUGAGAAUGAGAUCUUUGCGUCUCGUCACCAGGAUGUGAACAGUGUGGCCUGUAUUGAAGACAAAUGCUAUGUCCUAACAUUGGCACAGUAUUGUCGAUUUUGUGCCUUGGUAAAACGCCGUAGGGAAGGUGUACACGACAGUGCCACCUCCCUCGUGGUGCCACCCAUUGCUGGCAACGCCAUGCCCACCCACCACUGUGUGCCCGAUGACAUCAACCAAGAGCUGGUGUUCUUCAGCCGACACGUCUACGACUUCCGCUACGGUCGCCUGCUCAAGAACCUGCAGUAGCAUGUGACGUAUGACAUGACUGUGGGAUGUGAGCUAAUGUUUCUCUGGUUUCAUCCUCUACAACUUUGUUUGACUACAAAACUACCUGCUGCCUCUGUGAGAGAGGAACCAGACAUUUAGGAUGAAGGAGACACAAGCUUAUUUUUAUUUGAAAUUCAUACUCGACAUGACACAUGUUUAUUUAGUGAGAGUCAUGGUCUGACAUACAGUGUUGUAGAAGAGUCGUUAUGGCAGUGUAAUUGGGCUUCGUCAUACAUGGCUCUCUGGUGUUGUAGCAGCUGUGUGAAAACCCUGGAAUGUACUCUGCUGUAGAAAAUGCUACUGUAGCUCUUAGAAAUGUGACACUUGAUAUAUAUAAGGAGAAGUUGAUGUUACAUGUGAACCAUGUUACCAUCUGCCUGCAGAUAUCAGACACACAAAGUAUCAGUCAUACGUCAUAGAUAAAGAUCAUGCUCAUCAGUAGAAUAUUCACUUUCCUCACUGUAGACUAAGGUUUAAGAGAAAUGUGCAAAGUGUGUCUUCAACGUUUGGUAAAUGUGUUGAUUCACGUUCUUGCCAGAAGUUCUUUAAGUAGAUCCAAUCUGAGGUCAGUGAAUAUAAAGCUACUGCCAGGAGCCAUUUAGCAAAACUCAGCAUAAAUACUGGAAACAGGUGGAAUCUCUAGAUUGUAUGUAAAGAUGGACAACAUGUCUCCUCCCACUUUCCAGAAAUGAAUCCAAAAUAUCUCCAAGCUGCCAUCUUGGGCAUUUGGAGCCAGACUCUGCAGUAGGGAUUGGGGGAUGAAGCCACAGUAGCAAGGUCCCAUCGAUGCACUGGACCAAUCACAGUGUCAGCUUUAAGUCCUUGUUUCAUCCUGUUUUUAUCGUACCAAAUGUAAUAUAAAACCAAACCUACCGGAAAAUUAACACUUGAUUAAAAGUCAGUGUGAUAAGAA